AUGCCUUUUGGUCAACUCGUCAUCGGCCCACCAGGGUCUGGAAAGUCUACCUACUGUAACGGUAUGCAACAGUUUUUAUCAGCUAUUGGUAGAAAGACAUCUGUUAUAAACCUUGAUCCAGCAAACGACCGUAUAUCAUACCCAUGUGCACUGGAUAUUCGCGACUUUACACGACUGGAAGAUAUCAUGUCUGAACUCAACCUUGGUCCUAAUGGCGGUAUCAUGUAUGCUUUGGAAGAGGUUGAAAACUCAUUAGAUGAUUUUGUUAAUAUGAUUGAAUCUCUUGGAAAGCAAGACUAUUUGAUUUUUGAUUGCCCAGGCCAAGUCGAACUUUUUACUCAUCAUUCAGCCUUGCAACAGAUCUUUAAAAAGCUCGAAAAAAUGGAUUACCGUUUAGCCGUAAUUCACCUCGUCGAUUCAUAUUAUAUCACAUCUCCUUCUCAGUACAUUUCUAUUUUACUGUUAGCACUCCGCAGUAUGCUUCAGCUCGAUCUGCCUCACAUCAAUGUGCUUAGUAAAAUCGAUCUUUUAAAAAACUAUGGUGAAUUACCAAUGAGUCUCGACUACUACACGGAAGUACAAGAUCUAUCAUAUAUAUUUCCACACAUUGAAGCAGAACAAAAAACAGUUCUGGGGAAACGUUACGCCAAACUUACGGAAGCUAUUGCGGAAAUGGUCGAAGACUUUGGUCUGGUAUCAUUUGAAGUACUCGCUGUUGAAGACAAAAAGUCCAUGAUUCAUCUCUUAACAGUUAUUGACAAAGCUACAGGUUACAUGUUUGGAUCUACAGAGAUUGGAGGCGACACUGUUUGGACUGAAGCCACACGCCAGGGCGGGUACUUAGGCAUUGUGCAGGAUAUCCAAGAACGGUGGAUCGACCACAAAGAAGAGUAUGAUGAGGCUGAGGAAGAAGAGCGUGAAGAACUUUUCAAGAAAGCUGAAGAAGAAUCUCGACCGCUGACCGAGGAAGAAGAAUGGGAUGCUGCUUUAAAGCAGUGGGAAAAAGAAGGCGGGGCCAAGAUGAAGAAAUAA